GACUUUGAAACCAACGAGGAGCUGAAGUUCAGGGUGAUCGGCUUUCUGGAGGAGGUUAUUCAUGAUCCCGAGCUCCUCACGCAGGAGAGGAAAGCAGCCGCCAACAUCAUCAGGACCCUGACGCAGGAGGAUCCAGGAGACAACCAGAUAACCCUGGAGGAGGUCGUACAGAUGGCUGAGGGAGUCAAAGCAGAACCUUUUGAAAACCACUCGGCCCUGGAGAUCGCAGAACAGCUGACGCUGCUGGAUCACCUCGUCUUCAAGAAGAUCCCGUACGAAGAGUUCUUCGGGCAAGGUUGGAUGAAGCUGGAGAAGAACGAAAGGACUCCUUACAUCAUGAAGAACACAAAACACUUCAAUGAUGUCAGCAACUUGAUAGCAUCCGAGAUCCUCCGGAACGAGGAGAUCAACGCACGGGUGAGCUCCAUUGAGAAGUGGGUGGCGGUGGCGGACAUCUGCCGGUGCCUGCACAACUACAACGCGGUGCUGGAGAUCACCUCCUCCCUCAACCGCAGUGCCAUCUUCCGCCUGAAGAAAACCUGGCUCAAAGUCUCCAAGCAG